AACUCGUGAAACUCCUAUCUCUUAUCUUCCUUUUUUACCCCCUUCCUCGCAUCAUAUUUUAUGCACUGCAGAUACCUGCAAACAUUCUUUCGAUGUGUGCACUGUGCUGGCCAUAAUCUUGCAGUUAGUAUGGUAACAAGCUUGCAUGUAAACAAACUCUACCCCUUUUCUGAUUUUUAAAAUAAAAACAAACUAAUUUUGAGUGAUAGUGUUCUGUUGAUGGGGUAAUUUGGGCUUAGGCGUCUCGUGUUCACUUUAUUGUCUUCGAAUUUUGAGUAUACAAAUAUAGUAAUCGAUUUGGUACAGAUGGGCAAUCCGACCAAACUUCGUUCACUGGCGGCGAAAUCUUCGUGUAUACAGUUGGUUUUCGAAUGGGCCAGCUGUGAAAUGACAGUCACCAAAAUUUGGGUAUGCCCGAAUGUCAGCUACCGGACAUGCCCAGCUCACGAUCGGUUCAUUUGGCAACUGGGGGAAAUGGAAAUACCGGAAAGAUCAGUGAUCUCGAAAUUGGUUCUCAACAAAAUCGAAUACCACAUGGCGUCAAUUUUGAACCACGUUAUCCAAUGGAUCUGUUACCAUCAUCGUAAAAAUUUCUUCCACGAUGAACCGGCAUCUCCGUUGAAAGAAUACCUGCUUAAAUUGAUUUGGAAACCGGAUAGAUCGAUCGACUACGAAGCUACCGCGAAAAACGUGUUAGCUGGCUCGAAUUUCAACCCGAUGGAAAAGUAUAGAUUCGCUUGCACGUAUUGUUUCGAGGAGGAUUUGCGGAAUUUGAGAGAUAUGGCACCAGUCACGAUGGAUUGUGAUUUCGAAAAAGAACCUUUGCUGGUUUAUUGGAGUAAAUAUUUGUCCAAUCAGUUGCAUACGAUAACGUUACCGGCGAACGCUUCAAUCGACGAAAUAAUGUUUACAAAAGCUCUUAAGGAAUACGAUAUUUGGCAGCCCAUUAAGCACUUUUUUGGAAAAUUGAACUCCGGCGCUAAAUUAUUGCAGUGUAAGAACGUUUUCGAGCACGAACAAGGGAAAUAUCAAAAAGAAGUACUGGCUCUACUGAACGAAUGCGAAAAAAUUUCUCUGUACCAGGAUAAUAUGAGACAAAUCCUUGAAAAUUACGGUCUGAGGGACAAUUUCGAAGGUAUUCGACAGAUUUGCACCGAGUUGAAGGGCAAGUUGAGUUUGAAGGAUUUCGCUGUAAUUAUCGAAGAAUUAGCGCGUCUGUCGGUGGCUACUGUUGACAGUUUCAAUGCACUGACACCGUUACUAAUGGAAAUUUGGAAUGAUGCCCGCGACGAGGAUAAACGCCACGUAGCCUCAACUGGCUUUCAAUCGCGUAUCGUCGAUACAUGGCAAGACUUGAUCUGGGAAGAAGACGAUAUGGAUUACCAUUUUGCCAAUAGACACCGAAUGCGCAAUCCUUUGGUGUUUAUUCGUGCCUUGGCUGAAGCAUACAAACCGCUAGAUUUCCUGGAGGAGUCUAUUUAUUACCUGAUAACCUGGCAACCGGUCGCUUCUAUAGUCGAACUAAUCGACGAAUUUCAAUUCAGUGCCGAAGAUGUCGAGAAAUUAAAGAAGAAUAUUCGUCAAGAGAUUGUAACGGAGUACCUACACUUGUUUGUAUGAUUUGGUGCAGCAUGGCGAGUUUAAUGAAUUUAACCGUUUUGUCUCGUUUUGCUUCCCGGAUAACACGAGCAGAAUCGAUUAUCGGGGAAGAUUUUUACUGGAUGAUGGGUCGAUGAAAAACCUUAGUUAUGCGUUAGCGUACGUCGAUUGGAAAUUAGUUAAAGAAUUCAUCAACGAAGCGGAAUUAGUGUCUAAAAUCUCGUAUUAUUAUACUAUUCCACUGAUGCAACACGUUUUAGAGAAACAUAUAGACAUUCUGGUGAAAAUGAUGCAUCGAGAAGAAGCGAACAGCGUCGUGGAAUGUAUUCUUACUUUUGUGCUCUUCAACGACGAGUUAUCUCGAGCAAAGAAAACUUGCAUGGACUCACUUUUCAAGUACCUUGAUGAUGGUCAUUGGGUCAAUAAUGAGAAGGCUCGUCAUCUGUUCGAAGAAUUAUUGAUUUGGUGCUGCGAAACUGACACAGGUGUGGCUCAGUUCAAAGAUAAAAUGAACGUUUCAAAAAUUUUCAUCGCUCUAUUAGAACGCUGCAAAUACUCCUACGGGUUCAAAGCGAGUGAUUCUAUUGAAGAAUUCUUACAUUGGUAUUACCCGAUCGAAAGUGAUAGGAAAAAAUUUAAAUCGAAAAUUAUCUACUCGUGGGAUGAUUUCGAUAUCAUCAUGGAAUUAUUGAACAAAAGAAAGUAUCGUCGAGGUGCAUUGAAGUGGUUUUUUAACAACGAUGCCGAUGAAAUAACGAAAUUUACGUCAUUUUUUACCUGAUGCGGGUCGAGUUUUGCCGAAACGAUUUUCGAUGAUUGAUUUUGCGUACCACGUUUAUAUUUUAUUAUUGUAAUGUGUAGUUUAUUUUUUAAAUAUUUAUUUUUACCUAAUCCGGUUACCUAUCUUAAUAAAUUUUGUGAUGUGUUUGCAAGAA